UUUCAGUCUAGAGUCAUAUAAUGUACUUAUCUAUAGUCUUCGAGAACCGCGCUUGUACAAAUUUAGAUGGCCAUGAGAGAAUGAUUAAUAAGUACUUAAUAAUAUGUUUAUAGGUAUACUGGCGAACUGUGUUCUUGCUAAUUUACGUAAUAACUGUAAUUUAAUAAAACUACAUCAUUUAAAUCUUAAGUAAAUAUGUACCAACCUUUAAAGUUUUUUAUGCAUACGCUGACUUUCCUACAAGUGGAUUGUUAAUACCGCAAAAGAAAAUUUAAUAGCAGUUUUACGAAUUAUUUUAAUCAUCAGAAAUUUGUCGCUUUGUGCUUUAAAAUCAAAAUAUAAUUUUUAAUUUAUUAAAAUGAGUGUCCCCGUUGCUGUUGGAUCUACGUUCUUUGGUUGCAUGAGUAAUGUUGUAUUUCUUGAACUUCUAGUAAAGCAAGAUCCAGGAAUUGGAAAUUUAAUAACUUUUUCUCAAUUUUUGUUAAUUGCGAUCCACGGAUUUAUAUUUACUGCAAAAUUUGGUACAAAGAAACCAAAUAUUAGCGUUAAAGGUUACCUGAUUUUAGUUUCAAUGUUUUUCAUAACCAAUGUUUUAAAUAACUAUGCAUUUGAUUUAAAUAUUGCUAUGCCACUACAUAUGAUAUUUAGAGCUGGUUCUUUAAUAGCAAAUAUGAUCAUGGGAAUAGUCAUAAUGAAAAAAAAGUAUACACUCGACAAAUAUCUUUCUGUUGCUAUGAUAACAGCUGGUAUUUCUGUUUGCACUAUAGUCUCUAGUCAAGAUGUUAAAAAAACUGUUAUACGAGGUGUUGAACAAAAUACGAGUGAGCUUGAGGAUUUCUUUUGGUGGUGCUUAGGGAUAUCAUGUUUAACUGUGGCAUUGUUUAUUUCUGCUCGGAUGGGAAUUUAUCAAGAAACAUUAUACAAGAAACAUGGAAAACAUCCUCAGGAAGCAUUAUUUUAUACGCAUGUACUACCAUUACCGUGGUUUGUGUUUCUCUAUUCUAACCUAAAGGAACAUAUCACAAUGGCAUUUGAAAGUGAACCAUUGCCUCUUAUUGGAUUGGGUAUACCUAGUACAGUUGUUUAUCUAAUCGGUAAUGUAGCUACACAAUAUAUUUGUAUAAGUUCUGUAUACUUUUUAACUACAGAGUGUUCAUCAUUGACAGUAACGCUGGUUUUAACGCUCAGAAAAUUUACUAGUUUAUUGUUUAGUAUAUUAUAUUUUAGCAAUCCAUUUACAAUUUACCAUUGGAUUGGGACCAUUUUAGUGUUUGGUGGGACGAUCAUCUUUACUGAAGUACCACAAAAAGUUAAACAAAUGACAACACAAAAGAAAAUCAAAACCAAAUAGAAAGUAUUGUCUUGUUUUGUACAGAUAAAUAAUUGUUGGGUAUAUUUUUAUAAAUAUUUAUCUACUUUUUAGAACAAUAAAAAUAUUUAAAUGUGUUAUAUA